CACUAACUAGUUCACUAGAGAAGUGAUUGAGACACAGACAGAGGUUUAGUGUUGAUUUCUUCUUGUUUGUGUUGAUUCUUCUCCUCUUAAACAGACAGAGAAACUCCUGCUGAAGCGACUGAGCUCCACUAUUAUAAAGAUGGCCUUUAUUAAAGAGGAGAGUGAAGACCUGAAGAUUGAGCAAGUGUUCACGUUGAAGAAAGAAGAACCUGAGGAGCUGACAGACCUGAUGCCACCAAAACAGGAGGAUGAAGAAGAGGAUGAGUUUGAUUUCAUGACUAUAGUGGACUCCAUACGGGCUGAAAAUAUAAACGCUGAAAGGGAAGAAUCUAAAAAGAAUUUGUCCUGCCAACAGUGUGGAUUGAGCUUCACAUCGUUACACGAUUUGGAGAGUCACCUAAGCACUCACUCUAACAGACAACCCUUUAUAUGUGGUCAGUGUGGGAAGAACUUCUCGAGAAAGGAUUAUCUUCUUUGUCACAUGAAAAUUCACACAGGAGAGCAGCCGUUUAAAUGUGGUCAGUGUGGAAAGGGUUUCAACGCAAAAACAAAUUACAAUUACCACAUGACCAUACACAUCAAGGAGAAAUCCUUACCAUGUGAUCAGUGCGGAAAGCGUUUCUCACACGAGCUGAGCCUUAAUCACCACAUGAGAGCUCACUUAAACAGUUUCCCGUGUAAGCUAUGUGGGAAGACUUUCAAUCGGAAAGAGAGCUUGAAAGCCCACAGCGCAGUGCACACUAAAGAGCAUUCUUUCGUCUGUGCUCAGUGUGGAAAGAGUUACACACACAAAAGCUCCUUGGGUAAACAUGAGAAGGUUCAUAAAUCAUAAAUGUGGGAGACUCUGUGGUUAAAACUGUGACCUUACAGUAAGAAGGUCGCUGGUUGGAGUCUUGGCGGAGCCAGUUGGCGUUCCUGUGCAGAGUCCGCAUGUUCUCCCGGAGUUGGCGUCGGUUUCCUUUGGGUGCUCUGGUUAAUUUUCACUGCUGAAAGUAAUAGAUAGACUAUCUAUAAUAUCUAGAUAGUAAUAGACUAUCAUAGAACAAUGGGAAAGGGACGAUGUAGCCAUAACUGGGAAUAGAACACAGCCAGGAACUGUUUCUAACUACAGCUCCAGAGGUGUAGUUGCAAGUGUACAAGUUUGCAACGCAGUUUGCGAAUGUUUGUUGGAAUGAAAGAUAUGCAAACUAUGUUUGUAACGACACAACUUGUAAUGUUUGUUGGCUAACAAUCGUUUUUGGAAACGACCCCCCCUCUGGUGCUUGAAAAUGUAAGACUAUUAUUAUAUUAUUAUUAUUACUAUUGUUAUUUUUGUUUUCUGGGCAGUCACCACCAUUAACACCAAAUCAUUCUAAAUCUGUUGUGUUGUGUAAAUCUGAUGGAGUGCAACAGUGUCUCUCAUGUCUUCAUGGUUUGAAGGUGUGUUCUAAAAGCAGCAGGUUUUCAUGCGCUGCUAUGUCAUUAAAAUCACUGGAACUGGUAUUGAA